GGGGUUGCGCCGCCGUCGCUCCGCAGACUGACUCGGACUACUCGGCCGAGAGCGGCUCGAGCGAGAGCAGUGAUAUCGCGUGUACUAGUGAGCCGAGAGCCCGGGAAGAGACCAGCUGCAGCUCUGAUCGUUAUCGUCUGCGUGUAUACCUCUGCUCGCAGCGCACGUGUUGCUGGGGGCUGUAUACCAGUGUGAUCGUCCGCGCGUGUGAUGAUCGUGAAGCUUUGUGCGACGACGACGACGACGACGACGACGACGACGACGGAGGAGGAAACAAAGGAAUGAGUGUCAAGGCCGAGCUGCUCGAUCGUCGCGCGUUCGUUUCUCAGCGAGCCGGAAACGUGCGGGCUGGAGCUUUCUACUGGCCUUACGGUCUGGUCCUCUUGACAAUCGCCGGGCAAAUGGACGCCGACGUCGCCACGAGCUUCUCGUCGGCGUAGAGAGGUUGCAAAGGCUGCUGGCUCGGCGUAGCUGUACCCCAAGCAUCGGCACAGGCAGCGCUAGAGGGAAGUCCCGUGGUGUCGCGCUCCGGGACAUGGUCGGUGGGACGGCCAGGCGAUGACGACGUUCGAGCUCGCUCACCGCUGCACGCAAUCGUCAUCUCCUGCAUCGGCUCGGAUCCACGAGGAUCUGUCCUCGUCGUCGGCAACGAGAGGCCCGAUAGGAAGAAGGCAGAGAAGAAGCAAGAGGAAGGAGGAAGCGGCCGGCCGUUACAAGCGGCUGCUGCGGAAGCGAUUCUCGCCCAGAUCCUCGUCCUCCUCUUCUCGCGGGAGGCCCAGCAGGCAUGAGAGAUCGUCCGAGGCAGUACCACAAUACCCACUCCCACCACCAUCGCGAUCACUUUCACCUGCAAGCAAUGCCUCUCGAAGAGGUCCAAGGACUCCUGCCGCCAUCUUCCAAGACAGGUAACCGCGGCUCGCUCAACGUCACGAUAACCCAGCUCGGCGUCGGUCCCAGCAGCAAUGCCGCCCAGCCCAAGAGCAGCGACCUGUUCCACCUGGAGCCGACGGUCGACGUCCGACCCACUCCCUCGCCCCUCUCGGACACUACCACUCUGCAGUCGGACAACGUCGACGCCUUCACCGGCGUCGACCCGAGGCUGCAGCUGGGAAGCGUCAGCGGCGAGCGAAACACGUGGGAAGGCCGCUACCGCGUGAAAGAGCAUCGACGCGCUGGAAAGGCAACUUUCCAGGGCCAAGUCUAUAACUUCCUGGAACGUCCCACGGGAUGGAAAUGCUUCCUCUACCACUUCUCGGUGUUCAUGGUGGUAUUGGUGUGCCUUAUAUUUAGUGUAUUAUCAACGAUUGACGAGUACAGUGAUUUUGCGAAUGAAACUUUGUUUUGGAUGGAAAUAUGUCUGGUCGUGUUUUUCGGCGUCGAGUACAUCGUGCGGCUAUGGAGCGCCGGCUGUCGGUCCAAGUACAUGGGCUGCUGCGGCCGAAUGAGAUUCAUUCGAAAGCCGAUAUGUAUUAUAGAUUUGAUCGUCGUGGUGGCCUCGAUGGUAGUUCUCUCGGUCGGCAGCAACGGGCAGGUCUUUGCCACUUCCGCCAUUCGUGGCAUCCGAUUUCUGCAAAUCUUACGAAUGCUCCAUGUAGAUCGCCAAGGAGGUACCUGGAGACUUCUUGGAUCCGUAGUUUUUAUUCAUCGCCAGGAAUUAAUAACCACGCUGUACAUAGGAUUUCUCGGUCUCAUAUUUAGUAGUUACUUUGUAUACUUGGCUGAAAAGGACGUGGUCGGACCGCAAGGGAAGGUAGACUUUGCCAGUUACGCCGACGCUUUGUGGUGGGGAGUGAUAACCGUCACAACGAUAGGAUACGGCGACGCGGUCCCCCAGACGUGGAUGGGAAAGAUCGUCGCCUCCUGCUUCAGUGUCUUUGCCAUAUCCUUUUUCGCACUUCCAGCUGGAAUCCUCGGUUCCGGCUUCGCGCUCAAGGUGCAGCAGAAGCAGCGCCAGAAGCACUUCAACCGUCAGAUCCCCGCGGCGGCGAUGCUGAUCCAGUGUCUGUGGAGAUGUCACGCCGCGGAAAAGUCGACCAACAGCGUGGCCACCUGGAACAUCUACGUGAAGGACACCGCGCCACAGGGACAGCCAGCCACGCCGCUCGGAAAGUCUCUGAUCAUCCAGGUGGCUAAAAAGGCGAGCGUCUUGAAGCGGCGAAAGUCGCGCAACCGAAUGGACGUCCAGCAGCUCGACUCGUCCCAGCAGCAACAACAGCAGCAACAGUCAUCCCAGCCGUCUGCUACAAGUGUGCUGCAACAGCCGGGCGUCAUCAAUCCAAACGCCCCGACUACCGGUACCCAGAGCUCCCAGACCGACAACGAGGGCGACAUCAUCUUCUACAUGGAGGAGCCCAAGGCCUGCACCCCCAACCGAGUCAGGAGGGAAAACCGGGGAAGCCUGUUCACUUCGCAGACUAGUUCCGUGACGGAAGCGGCCAGCGAUGAGAUCGACAUCGACAUGGACGAGCCCCAACGAGUGACGACAUUGACGGAGGCACACCGGAACGCGAUAAGAGCCAUUCGUAAGAUCAAGUACUUCGUUGCUCGUCGCAAGUUCCAGCAGGCACGCAAGCCAUACGAUGUACGGGAUGUCAUUGAGCAGUACAGCCAAGGUCACCUCAACAUGAUGGUGCGAAUAAAGGAGCUGCAGAGGCGACUCGACCAAACUUUGGGUAAGCCGGGUAGCUACCUUGCAGGAAUCGAUCGGUCAGGUAACAUCAAGCCAAUGACAAUAGGCGCGCGCCUCUACAGAGUGGAGCAGCAGUUGUCGAUAAUGGACAAGAAAUUAGACCAGCUCAUGUACGUACUGAACGCGGUUGCACAAAAGCAGCAAAUUCCCCUGCGCAGCAUCGAGGACGAAGUUUGAACGUGAAGGUACGUGUGUGUGUGUGUGUGUGUGCGUGCGGGGCGCUUAUGAAAUUCUAACGAUCGCUAAACAACUCCGCUAAUACCUGCAUCGAUAUUAUUAUAUACUUGUGCGUAUAGCGUGAUUGUCCUCUGCCAGCGAUAUAGUGAAAAUUAUUAAAAAAAAAAAAUUCUAUCACGUGUACCGCAUGAAAUUUUAAAGCUGACAGAGGGCGAGAGGCUUAUACAGGUCGAAAGAACGCAAUAAAAAAAAAACUGAAGUUAAUUAUACACAAGCGCACAGCAGAAUAAAUGAUCACACAAACUGUCGAUCUAUGUCGUACAGCUAUACGCUAUAUAGAAGAAAAAUAAUGAAAUAACUAUAACGAAGCGCUCUUUCGCUCUACUAUAUCGCUAUAUAUUAUAUAUAAGCAUCGGACAUCUAGCGUGUGCGUGACGUGUAUAUUAUGCAUACGCGCAUAUAUACCUGCGCGCAGCUAUUCGUUUUAACUUUAAUCGCUCUCUCUCUCUCUCUCUCGCGUAUGCGCCAACACCUCCUCUGUACAUAGUGUAAGAUAUAUUGAAAAGAAUAUUCCAUUAUCGAAUAUAAUAAUUAUUAUAUGAACUAUCGUCGCAACGACCUUUUCGUUCUCGAGCACCAAUAUACCGUUUGUACAUCUCAACGAUAUAAUAUAUCGUUAUAAGAUAUUCUCUAUAUAGAUAUGUUUACAUUGUUUGUAUAAGCUUGUUAUAUAUAGAUAUACUUCGUUAUGGGUAUAUAAGUUUUUAUUCAUUGUAUAUCGGUUGUAACGCGAGAGCUGAAUAUUUUGUAUGAUAUAAUUAGUGUUGUAUACGCUCGACAACUUUUUAACAGAUACUUUCAUUCUACGCAGUAUACGUGUGAUUAUGUUGGUAAAAUUUUUAUUCGCUGUUCAGAUCAGAUCCGAUUCGACUUUUACACUAUAUUAUACGAUGUGUAUAGUGAAAACGCUUAACGUAGUUAGGGCACAUUCAAUUUAUGUAUAUAUAGUCUAACAUCUACUUUUCUGUGAUUCAUAACUAGUAGUACGCAAUUAUAAAUUGUAGAUAUAUUGACACUGAAAUCAUACAAACAUUUUUUUUUUUUUUCUAAAUAACUCAAAGUAUUAUAAAAGGAUGAGUAUAAAGUAGUGUAAAAAUUUCUGAAAUGCAUGAUAACAUUGAAUAAUAAUGAGUGUAAUUAUUAUAAACAUGUGAAUAUAAGCAAUGCUGAAAUUGUAGAAAAAAUUAAAUUAUUAACGAUAUGCAACUGAAUUAUUUUUUUCGCGAUUCAAGCUGUUUUCGUAUACAUUUUAACACUGCAAAGGUACACUGAGUCACAUUAGGGACUGCUAAAGAUAUAUUUAAAAAAUAGAAAAUAUAUAGCAUGAAUAUAUGAUAGAAAAAUACAAGCAUAAUCUUUCACUUUGAAAAAGUCUUAAAAAGCCUCUUUUAUCUAAAUCUGACGAAUUCAGCAAAUUUAACAAUUAAGAUAAAACUUUUACUAUAGUGUAUUUUUGAAUCUUAAUGUAUGCGUACUAAAUUUCAUUCAUUACCACGUGUGGAACAUUUAUUAGAGAUUGUUCAUAUAACUUCGCCACGGCAGUGUACUAUUACAGUAUUAAAAUACAAGAGGAAUAUGGCUGAACUGCUGUGUACCAUAAUAAACGAGAAAUGCGAUACUCAAUUACUGCAAAAUUUUACGCAGCCAUAUAAAAGCUGAAUAAAUUCUCUUCUCCAUACAAUUCGCUACAAGUUUCAAACUCGAAAUUAAUAAUUUCGUCAUCAAAUAAAUACAUCAUGCGUACAAACAUAUCAUACGAAUUCCAGAAUAGAGCAAGUUAUCAAUUUUUUGUUCGACGAUUGAUUGCAAAUGGUUGAUGAAAUUAGAUUAUAGAAAAGCAAAGUGCCUAAGCGUCAUGGAAUCGACGCCACCAAGUUCGAGUUACUGAUGAUUUUAAGCCUUGGUUGCGUCAUGAAAAAACUGAUGAUUCUAUUAUUGGCUCUAUAUAACUACUAUAUAUUACUGUUUCACGGAUUAUUCCGCAAUAUAUUAUUGAAUUAUAUUAGAAAUUAUUAUCUUGCAUUGAAUAAUACAUAACUUACUUGAAUGAUUCUUCAUUACUAUACUAUUGGAUAUACGAAUUUAUAAGUACUCAUCAAACUAAUAAUAAUUUUCAAAAGUUCCUAAGUAUAAGCUUACAUUUCUUCGGUUGUACUGAACAGAAUAUAUGGAAUAUGCUUUGAAAACCUUACUUUUGGUAAAAAAACAACAACAAUGACAAACAAACAGUCGAAAUGAUUCCGUGAAAAUUGUGCAGCGUGUAUAAAAGUGUAAUAACCUUGGAGCAGUACGUUCGAAACGCUUAAUCAUAAGUGCGUAUAUAGAUGUGUCUACCUACGAUGAAAAAAA